AUGGGUGAGUGGCAAAAUGCCUUACACUACGGUAUGAAAUUCAGACGAGAAGAUCCAUACGUGGACUCGGAAGCUCAGAAUCGCGAAGCAAAACAAGCCUAUGACGAGUGGUGCAACCUAUUCCACAACUAUUUAUCUGCGGGGGCAGACAUUCAUCAUCUUGUCGAUGGCACGACUCCCUUCCUAGCAUACCUUCAUGGAUUUGGCUUUUUCUCGGAAUAUCCUAGCAAGGCUCUAUGGGUGGCCGCUGUACCCUGGCUGAAGGCGCUACAAGCAAAUGGUAUCGAUUUGAAGCAGUUUGGCAAACGGGAGCUGGGCAUUUGGGGAAAGGAAGACGUCCACAGAGCAACCAUUGAUGAAUCGCACGGUGGACUUUAUAUAGAGCUGACUGGGUUGCUGGAUGGCUUAUCCAUUGAGGAUUGGCUUGUGUUGUUCGUGGCCUUGGAUAUUGAAUUUGUUAGAAUAUCAGUUGAGGAAGCUGUCCAAGACAUGCCAGGUGCUUGGCCAGAUCCAUAA